UACGUCUCAAAGACCACACGUUUUGGCUUAUCGAAGAAAACACAUUUGUCGCAAUGAUUGAAACUUGAGUGUCGCGAACUUCUGCCCAGAUUUUUCGAUCUCCAGAAACGAAUUGGGAGUUUACGAUCGGAGUGACUGAAUAAAAAAGUACAAAUGGAAUUGGUGAAGAAAUACGAGAAACGAUCCAACGGACGCAAAAUUUCUUUGCAAUCUUUCUUUCUUUCUCAAUUUACGACAAUCAUCGAGCAAUGAAAGAAUUCAAAGUCUCUAUUUACUCGACGUUAAUACUGCUCCCGUGGGUUUAUGGAUUGACGAAAAAAGUGACGCUGGGCGCUCUCUUCGGAGAGAAUGAUCCGUGUCAGCAGGCGUUUGUACUUUCCGUAAACGCUGUUAAUAAAUUGAGACGUACCACCAACGAUCUUGCCAACGUUCAUUUCGUACCGGAUUCUCGAUCAACAACGAACAGUACUUUCGAGAUAUCGCAAAGCGCGUGCUCCCUUCUGGGAAAGGGGGUGGUCGGGAUUUUCGGACCAUCGGAGAGAGUAUCGGCUGAACACGUGCAAAGCAUGUGCGAAACUGUCGACGUACCAAACAUCGUCGCACGCUGGGACAUUGAACCAGGAAGAAUGCAAGCAUUCAAUUUUCAUCCCGCCUCCAAGGCACUCACGAUGGCAUUGUACGAUUUGAUUACGGAAUUCGAGUGGAAAAAAUACACGAUUUUGUACGACAGCUCGGAGAGUCUUGCGCGUACGAAUGAGUUGCUUAAAAAAUGGGGCCCCGACGGAUAUCCGGUAACGAUACGUCACUUGGGAAAAGGCCCAGUUUACAGGGAUGUGUUGAUCGAAAUAAGAAAAACAGAAGUUUUGAACGUCGUAAUUGACUGCUCGUCCGAAAUACUGGAACAAGUUCUCAGAGAGGCGCUACAAGUUGGUAUCUUGUCCCAUCGGCAUCGAGUCAUCGUCAAUAAUUUGGAUCUCCACACGAUUGACCUAGAACCUUAUCAAUAUUCCGGAGUGAAUUUCACUGGCUUUCGUCUCGUCGAUGUCAACGAUCCGCGAGCUCAAAAGACCUAUAAAAAGUUUUUAUCAAAAAUGGGUCUCGAGAAGAUGUCUCAACUGCCGGUUCAAGCCGCCCUGAUCUUUGACGGGGUGCAAUUUUUCGCUCGAGCCUUUAAGCGAGCUCGGAACGUUAAAAAUUACGAGAAACCGGUGUUGAGUUGCGAUGGCUCAGGCGAUUGGGACUUUGGAACUAUUUUGAGCAAUUCUAUGCGCACCACCGAAAUGAACGGUUUAACGGGCCUGGUGAAAUUCGACGGGAAUGGAUUUCGUAGUGACUUUGUCCUUGAUAUUGUACAACUGGGUCGCACAGGAUUGAAAAAAAUCGGGAUAUACAGCAGUGUGGAUGGAGUGGAUUGGCAUUUGCCUGGGGAUGGUUCAGCCGUUCCCGACGUAGAUGACCUGCAUAACAACACAUUGAGAGUUCUCAUUUCAUUGAUUGAUCCUUACAACAUGCUCAAAGAAUCAUCGGACCUGCUGACUGGGAACGAUCGUUACGAAGGUUUCACAAUCGACAUUAUUCAUGAGAUCGCAAAAAUCUUACGGUUCAAUUACACAUUCAUUGAGAGUGAUUCUGAUUACGGAAGUCCUGGCAAAGAUGGCAAAUGGACCGGGAUGCUGGGCGCUAUAAUCGACGGGGAAGCAGAUCUCGGAAUUUCUGACCUCACGAUAACAGCGGAACGGGAAAGUGCGGUGGAAUUUACAGUGCCUUUUUUGAACCUUGGCAUCAGCAUACUGUACAGAAAACCUACAAAAGCAGCUCCGAGUCCGUUCUCAUUUCUUUUGCCGUUCACCCCGAAAGUAUGGAUUCACAUAUUGGGUGCAUAUUUAUUCGUCUCUCUGUUGAUUUGCAUCGUAGGCAGAAUGUCACCGAGCGAGUGGCAAAAUUCCGAUCCGUGUGAGCAACAACCUCAGCAAUUAGAAAACCAAUGGGUGCUGACUAAUGCAUUUUGGUUCACGAUGGGCACCCUUAUGCAACAAGGAUCUGACGUGGUACCGAUAGGCCCAUCGACCAGGGGGGUUUGCAUAUCCUGGGCAUUUUUUCGUCUCAUCAUGGUCUACACGUACACCGCGAGUCUGGCUUCCUUUUUGGUAGUGGAAACCAUUGUGAGGCCCAUUAAAUCUGCUGAGGAUCUUGCCAAUUUGGAUGGCCACAUCAAGUAUGGGGCGAAAGCAGGUGGCUCAACUUAUACGUUUUUCAAGACUGCCAAUUAUUCCACUUACGCAAAAAUGUUUAAAUACAUGGAAGAUAAUGCUGCCGAUGUUCUGACUGAGGACAACGAUGAAGGGACCGAAAGAGUAUACGAUAAAAAUCAGAAUUAUGCUUUUCUCAUGGAAUCCUCGUCGAUCCAGUACAUCGUACAGAGAGCGUGUAAUUUAACCCAAAUCGGUGGACUCCUCGACAGCAAGGGCUACGGGAUAGCUAUGAGAAAAAGUGCAAAAUACAGAGACAAAUUCAACGCUGCCGUUUUGCAGCUUCAGGAGACUGGAGUUAUCGCUCAGUUACAAACUAAAUGGUGGGAGGAAAAGCGCGGAGGAGGACAAUGCAAAGAUACCGGUGGCACAACAUCCGCCGCUGCGGAAUUGACGAUGGAACAUGUGGGCGGAGUCUUCAUGAUUGUUGUAAUCGGUGUGGCAAUGGCAGCCGUAUGGGUGUUCGUUGAAUUCAUGUGGCAACUCGGACGAUCAUCGUACAGAAAUAACUUAUCCUUCAAGACCGAAUUUAUGGAAGAAAUGAAAUUCGUAAUGAAAUUUGAAGGCAGUGUAAAACCAUGCAGAAGACGAAGCCGGAAAUACUCUGAAAAUAGUGAAAACAAACAUGAAAUGUGUCACGUCGCUUUACAGCCUUCAAACGAUGAUUGUAAUUGAUUAGAAACCAAUAAAUUCUCACUUUUUUCAGAA